AUGGAGAGAGAGGGUAACAGCAAGGCCCGGUCUACGGGCAACAUGAGAGAGUCACUAGAUGGAGGAAGAUCAGCUUUCAGGGGCCCAACCAGCAUUAGUAGGAUUCAUUUCAAGCCCGUUCAGGGCAAUAGGGGAUCCCACCAGCGGGGUCGGUCAGGAGAAAGGUCCCCAUGCCCCAGGUGCGGGAAGAUGCACUCAGGGAUUUGCUAUUUGGAAUUACCCAUAUGCUAUGGAUGUGGGAUGAGGGGUUAUAUUCAGAGGCAUUGUCGUGUAUCCCGCCAGGGAGAGUGUAGGGGCACAACACAGCUAGCCAUCCCAGCAGCUGCUACAUCUUCAGCCCUUCUCCAGCUUGAGGGAGCGGGUACGGGCACGGCUCAGUCAUCCAGCCAGGCAGCUACUACAUCUUCAUCUCCCUCCCCAGCUCGAGAGGCUUCUCCAGAUAUUGUUACAGAUCAGCUUCAUGAGCCAUUUUUGGUGUCUACUCUGGUUUGGGAGUAUAUUAUGGAUACUCGAGUUUAUAGAGGAUGUGUUGUCAUGGUACGGGGUAGGGAUACCACGGCUGAUCUUAUUGAAUUGGGAAUGGUCGAUUUUGAUAUAAUAAUGGGAAUAGAUUGGCUUUAUUCACAUUUUUCCAAACUUGAUUGUUGGACUAGAACUAUGAGGCUUGAAUUUCCCGAUGAGCCUAUUGUUUAA